CCCAAACGCUACAAAAUACCAAAAGGGAACCAAAAACCCUAACCCCUCUCAAAAACUCCCUCCAUUUCCCCAAAUCGAAAGCUCAACUUCAGUGAACAAUGGCGGAACUUCCUUCAACAACCACAGAACUUCCUUCAACAACCACAGAAGCUCCUUCAACAAUGGUUGAAAAUCCACCUUCCUCAAAUGCUCCAGUUGCAGAGCAACAAACCCUAGGAAAGAGAAAACAAUCCGAACUAGAAGAACCGGUGCCACAACAGAGCUCACUUGAAGAACAACAAAAGCAACAAAAUCAGAAAGAAUCUCAGGAAAGCUCAGAAAAACCGGGAUCAAAACGUCGAAGUUCAACUCGCACUUGCGUACACGAAGUAGCGGUGCCAAAGGAUUUCAUCUCAGACAAAGAUUCUUCAAUCCAUGGAACUUUGGCGAAUCCUAGCUUCAAUGGUUCAGAGGCGAAAAAGUAUGCUUUUACUCUCGACCCCUUCCAACAGGUCUCAAUUGCCUGCUUAGAGCGGAACGAAUCAGUCCUAGUGUCUGCCCACACUUCCGCCGGUAAGACCGCCGUUGCUGAAUACGCAAUUGCCAUGUCAUUUCGCGAUAAGCAGCGAGUAAUAUACACUUCCCCUCUAAAGGCGUUGAGCAAUCAGAAGUACAGGGAGUUGAGCCAGGAGUUCACUGAUGUUGGUCUUAUGACUGGUGAUGUUACUAUAUCUCCUAAUGCUAGUUGUUUGGUGAUGACCACAGAGAUUCUCCGUGGAAUGUUGUAUCGAGGGUCGGAGGUAUUGAAGGAGGUUGCUUGGGUUAUUUUUGACGAGAUUCAUUAUAUGAAGGAUAGAGAGAGAGGGGUUGUUUGGGAGGAGAGUAUUGUUUUCUUGCCUACUGCGAUUAAGAUGGUGUUCUUAUCAGCUACUAUGUCGAAUGCCACUGAGUUUGCUGAGUGGAUUUGUAAUAUUCAUAAGCAGCCUUGCCAUGUUGUAUAUACCGAUUUCCGGCCUACGCCUUUGCAGCAUUAUGUAUUUCCGGUUGGUGGGUCAGGGUUGUACUUGGUGGUGGAUGAGAAUGAGCAGUUUAGGGAGGACAACUUUUUGAAGCUUCAGGAUACAUUUGUGAAGCCUGGGCAUGGGAUGAAGGCUGCUGCUGACAAGGCUAGUGGGAGGAUUGCCAAAGCUGGUUCGGGGCCUAAAGGGGGUUCAGAUAUCUACAAGAUUGUCAAGAUGAUCAUGGAGCGCAAAUUUCAGCCUGUCAUUGUAUUUAGUUUCAGUAGAAGAGAGUGUGAACAAAAUGCAAUGUCCAUGUCAAAGCUUGACUUUAAUACAGACGAAGAAAAAGAUAUCGUGGAGCAGGUUUUUAAAAACGCGAUUCUCUGUUUGAAUGAAGAGGACAGGGGCCUUCCUGCGAUUGAGCUGAUGUUACCCCUUCUUCAACGGGGCAUUGCUGUACAUCAUUCUGGGCUUCUUCCGAUUAUUAAAGAAUUGGUGGAGCUCCUUUUCCAAGAGGGGCUCGUGAAGGCCCUAUUUGCCACUGAAACUUUUGCAAUGGGCUUAAAUAUGCCAGCGAAAACAGUUGUUUUUACAGCAGUCAAGAAAUUUGACGGUGAUAGCCAUCGUUAUAUUGGAUCUGGUGAAUAUAUUCAGAUGAGUGGAAGAGCUGGUCGUCGUGGCAAGGAUGAUCGAGGCAUUUGCAUUAUAAUGGUCGAUGAGCAGAUGGAAAUGAAUUCUCUGAGGGAUAUGGUGCUGGGCAAGCCAGCUCCUCUUGUCAGCACUUUUAGAUUGAGCUACUACUCAAUUUUGAAUCUAAUGUGCCGAGCUGAAGGCCAAUUUACUGCUGAACAUGUUAUUAGAAAUUCAUUUCACCAGUUUCAGCAUGAGAAGGCUUUGCCUGAAAUUGAGAAAAGGAUUGAGAAGCUUGAGCAAGAAGCUGCCACACUUGAUGCUUCUGGAGAGUCUGAAGUUGCAGAAUACCACAAGCUAAGGCUUGAUUUAGUGCUACUUGAGAAGAAGAUGAUGUCAGAGAUUACGAGGCCUGAAAGAAUUCUUUACUAUCUUCUUCCUGGGAGGCUGAUCAAGAUACGUGAAGGAGGAACUGACUGGGGUUGGGGAGUCGUGGUUAAUGUGGUGAAAAAGGCCCCUGCUGCAUCUGGAGCUGUGCAGCGUGGUGGAGGCUACAUAGUUGAUACUCUGCUUCAUUGCUCCCCUAGUACAAGUGAUAGUGGUUCAAGGCCUAAACCAUGCCCCCCUCGUCCUGGUGAGAAGGGUGAAAUGCAUGUGGUUCCUGUGCAGCUGCCCUUAAUUGCUGCUCUGAGUAAGCUUCGGCUUUCUAUCCCUCCUGACCUUCGGCCUGUGGAGGCAAGACAGAGCAUACUUCUAGCUGUACAGGAAUUGGAAAAACGUUUUCCUCAAGGCCUCCCAAAACUUAAUCCCGUGAAGGAUAUGGGUAUUGAAGAUAAGGAGAUUGUUGAGUUGGUCAGUCAAAUUGAGGAACUUGAGCAGAAAUUAUUCUCGCAUCCAAUGCACAAGUCUCAAGAUUUCCACCAGGUGAAAUGUUUCCAACAAAAAGCUGAGGUUAAUUAUGAAAUUCAACAGUUAAAGACGAAGAUGCGUGAGUCUCAGCUUCAAAAGUUUCGGGAUGAGCUUAAAAACCGGUCACGUGUCUUGAAGAAGCUUGGUCACAUAGAUGGUGAUGGUGUAGUCCAGUUGAAAGGACGAGCUGCCUCAUUGAUUGACACUGGCGAUGAACUUCUAGUUACUGAAUUAAUGUUUAAUGGUACAUUUAAUGAUCUGGAUCACCAUCAAGUUGCCUCUCUUGCAAGUUGUUUUGUCCCAUGUGAUAAAUCAAACGAGCAGAUUCAGCUGCGAGCAGAACUUGCAAAGCCCUUACAACAACUCCAAGACAGUGCAAGAAGAAUAGCCGAGAUACAACGUGAAUGCCGCCUGGACGUAAAUGUGGAAGAAUAUGUUGAGUCAACUGCGAGACCAUACUUGAUGGAUGUGAUAUACUGUUGGUCAAAGGGAGCCAAUUUUUCUGAGGUUAUACAAAUGACUGAUAUAUUUGAAGGAAGUAUCAUAAGACUGGCGAGAAGGCUAGAUGAGUUCUUAAAUCAGUUGAAAGCUGCUGCUAGUGCAGUGGGAGAGGCCAAUCUGGAAAACAAGUUUGGAGAAGCAAGUACCAGCCUCCGUCGAGGUAUUAUGUUUGCUAAUUCUCUGUACUUGUAGCUGCAGUAUUUGAAUCAUCUGUUAUUUUUUCCUGAUAUUCAAAUUGUAGUCAGUUGUAUAAAUGUAAGGGUUUUCUUUCUAUAGAAAAAAACAAUUAAAGCUCAUCUCUUAACAAAGAGUUGUACACUCCAUAUACGUAUCAAUUGAAAUCCCUCAGUUUUGGCCAAGCGGAGAUUGUAAAUGUUGCUGUUUGAUAUUCUUAACUGACUGGAUGCACGCACAUCCUUUUAUUUGUCA